CCCGUGGCGGCCGAGCCGGGGCAGCCUGCUCAGCGCCGCGGCGGCGGCAGCGGCCGGAGACAAAGCGCCCGGCUAAUGAAUGGGACGGUCCCGCCCGGCCCUUCCUUUUAACUCCUUCGGGCCCGGCCGGGCGGCGGCGACCUCCGUUUUUCCCGGCGGCGGUCGCUCCAGGAGGUCUACACUGAGACGGCUGCCGAUGGUAGAGACUGGUGGUGUUCUCAUGCUUGCCGGCUUUCAGCGGGUGUCUGAUAGAGUUGUCUGCUGCACGUGCAGUCUACUAAAAGUAUACAAUUAUCAUCAUUAAGUUUGAAUAGCACAUAUGUAACCUCAGAUGAAGCCACCUGCAUGCAGUGGAACAGAUGGUGCAGAAGAACCACAGUUGCCCAAGCAAGAUGAGCAGAAUGGCUUCCUUCAACAAGAAAAGAGAACAUUCAUUUUUUAGGAUUGCCUACAACAUGAAGCAUUUAACAGUAGCUGUCUUUGAGAACAUUCAUCUAUGACCUGAAAUGUCCUGACCCUGGGGAAAAAAUGAGAUUCCAUUAAUUAAGUCUAUAAUUUUAAAAUGCAUUUUUAUGACUAAUCAUAUUUAGUUAUGCACAAUACAGAUAUAGAAAUUAUAAACUAGAUGUUCCUUUAACACAUACACACAUUUGUGUUUGUGCAUUCAGUAUACAAGAUACAUCAUUUAAAUCAAAAUUUAAAUACUCUUUUAAAUUAUCAAUAUUUAUUAAUAAAUGAAGACUUGGCAAGAAGAAUUUGCCAUCCAUGGACAAAAGUAGAACAGGUUCCCCCAGAGUGGAUGGUAAUUUUGUAUUGGGUAAAAUCAGUAACUUAAAAGUGGAGCAAGAGGAAGACAGCAUUAACUGUACUCUAGAAGGAAUGGAUAUAAAAACAGAACAAGAUGAUUUUAAACAUGGGGAGAGCAGUGAUGAACAGGAAGACAAAGAAAAGAACUUCAUUACCAACAACCCUAGCAAAUAUUUAUCUACUGAAAAUGAAGAUAAUUAUGGAUCUCUUUUUUCUCAGUAUAGUAGUACUCUAUAUGAUGUAGCAAUGGAGGCCGUGACACAAAGCCUCCUUUCUAGCAGAAACAUAAGCUCAAGAAAAAAGUCACCUGCUUGGAACCAUUUUUCUAUAUCUCCUAGAGAUAGCACUAAAGCAAUAUGUAUGUACUGUAUGAAAGAAUUUAGCAGGGGUAAAAAUGAAAAGGACCUGAGUACAAGUUGUCUAAUGAGACAUGUGAGGAGAGCCCAUCCCACUGUACUAGUUCAAAGAAAUCGAAGUAUGCCAGGUAUAUCCCAUCCCACUGUACUAGUUCAAAGCAAUCUAAGUAUGCCAGGUAUAUCCUCCUUUUCUUCACCUACAUUGUUACUACCACCUCAGUCAGCAGAUGUUGGAGAUCUGAGUUCUAUGUUAUCCCCCAUAAAACUGGUCAAGAAAGUGACUUCUAAAAUACCCUCUCCAGAUCGAAUAAUUGAGGAAUCUAUUGUGUCUUCUGAAGAAAUAUCAGAUCUUUCAGUUUCUGAGAAGUGCAUCAAAGAAGAAGUCAUGGUUGAGUCAUCUCCACAGCUACCCAACAACCAGUAUGAUGACACUGUGGAGAAUGUAGCAGAAAAAACUGUUGUAAUUCCAAAGAGCACAUCAGGUUCCAGAAGGAGAUCUGCUGUCUGGAAACACUUUUAUUUGUCACCUCUAGAUAAUUCUAAAGCUGUCUGCAUUCACUGCAUGAAUGAAUUCAGUAGAGGAAAAAAUGGAAAAGACCUGGGAACAAGUUGUUUGAUAAGACACAUGUGGAGAGCCCAUCGUUCCAUCGUCCUUCAAGAGAAUGGGGGUGGCACUAGCAUACCACCUCUCUACACUGCACCUCCAACUCUGUUGCCUUCUUUGCUGCCUUCAGAUAGUGAUCUGAAUUCUAUGUCAUCUUCUCCUGAAAAACUAAUGAAAGAAUCAACUUCUGUUUCUUCUUCUCCGGAGAGAAUCUCUGAGGAGAUCCAUACUAAUCUCUCUUCUGGAGAUGCUCUAGUGGAAGACUCAAUGCUGUCAUCAUCUGAUGAUAUAGGUGAAGUCUCCUUCAUUUCAUCUCCGGAGAAACAGUGUGAGGGAUUAGGUCCACUAAUAUUUGAACCUACUGCUGUAUUUCAGCAAAAUAAAAGGAUUAUGAAAAGGCUUAAAUCAGAAGUUUGGCACCACUUUUCACUGUCACCUUCAGACAGUCUAAAAGCAGUAUGUAGAUACUGCAGUUGUACGAUAAGUCGUGGUAAGAAAGGUGAUGUGGGCACAAGCUGCUUGAUGAGACAUUUAUAUAGACGCCAUCCCGAUGUAAUUGGAAACCAAAAAAGUUUUCUUGAUAUGAGUUUGGCAAAUUCUCCUUAUGCCACUUUGGCUUCUGCAGAAUGUUCAUCCUCCAAGUUGACUGACUUGCCUACAAUGGUUACACAUGAUAAUCCAAUUAUAUUUCCUGUUAAUAGCAAGAAGACCUCAAAACUGUGGAAUCACUUCUCAAUUUGUUCUGCAGAUUCAACGAAAGUAAUAUGUAUGCACUGUGGUCGUACAAUAAGUAGAGGGAAAAAGCCAACAAAUCUAGGCACAAGUUGCCUUCUAAGACAUUUGCAGCGGUUUCAUAACAAUGUGUUGAAAACCGAUGUCUCAGAGACGGUAUUAUCCUCAUCUACGGAUAAUCACAUGCCACUGAGCACAGAAUUACUAGGAUCUUCAAAUUUUGAUGAAACCAAUGAUAAGUUUUGUGACUCUCACCCAGUUGCCAAAAAAAUCACAAGUCUUGUAGCUGAAAUGAUUGCACUUGACCUUCAGCCAUAUUCUUUUGUAGACAACGUUGGCUUUAACAGGCUUCUUGAAUAUUUGCAACCUCAAUAUUCUUUACCUUCUCCAUCUUACUUUUCUAGGACAGCAAUUCCAGAUAUGUACGAUAAUGUAAAACAAAUAAUUAUUUCACAUCUUAAAGAAGCUGAAAGUGGAGUCAUCCAUUUUACAUCUGGAAUAUGGAUGAGCAACCAAACACGUGAAUAUCUGACUCUGACAGCUCAUUGGGUUACAUUUGAAUCUUCAUUUCGACCACAGUGUGAGGAUUACCAUUGUUCAGCACUAUUAAAUGUAUCACAGAUUGAUUGUGACUACAAUGGAAUCAGCAUUCAAAAGCAGUUAGAGUACUGGUGGGAAACGUGGAUUACUUCCAUUGGCCUUCAGAUUGGGAUUACUGUUACUGAUAAUCAGAGUAUAGAGAAAACUUUAAAUGAAGGUGAUCAUUCAAGUGUACAGUGCUUUAGUCACACUGUUAAUGUCAUUGUAAAUGAGGCUAUUAAAAGCCAGAGGAUGGUUCAGAAUUUACUUAGCAUUGCAAGAAAGAUCUGCGAACGCGUCCAUCGGUCAGCAAAGGCAAAAGAGAAGUUGGCGGAGUUGCAAAAAGAGUAUGAGUUGCCUCAGCAUCAACUAAUACAAGAUAUCCCAUCAAAGUGGAAUACAUCAUUUCAUAUGCUUGAACGGCUUAUCGAACAGAAAAGAGCAAUUGACGAAAUGUCAAUAGAGUGCAGCUUUCGGGAGCUAAUAAGUUGUGAUCAGUGGGAAGUCAUGCAGUCAGUGUGCCAUGCUCUGAAACCUUUCGAAGCUGCAAGCAGGGAGAUGAGUACGCACAUGUCUACUCUAAGCCAAGUGAUUCCAAUGAUUCAUAUACUUAACAGAAAAAUAGAGAUGCUAUUUGAGGAAACAAUGGGCAUAGAUACAAUGCUGAAAUCUUUGAAAGAAGCCAUGGUGAGUAGAUUGUCCUCUACACUUCAUGAUCCAAGGUACAUUUUUGCUACACUUCUGGAUCCCCGGUAUAAAACAUCCUUAUUUACAGAAGAGGAGGCUGAACAAUAUAAACAAGACUUAAUCAGGGAGCUGGAAAUCAUGAGUUCUACCUCAGAUGAUGAUAAACCUGUUUCCAAUGGAUGUGAUAUAGGUUCACCAUCGACAAAUUCAUGUGGGGAAGAUAAUCUUUGGUCACUCAUGGGUGACAUGAAGAAAACAAAAGACCUGAAAGAAAGAGCAAAGUUACCAGAGGAAAUGGUGCUUUCUUAUUUGGAGGAAGAAGUGCUUGAGCAUAACUGUGAUCCUCUAACUUACUGGAACUUUAAGAAGUCAUCUUGGCCAGUACUGUCAAAAUUGGCUGUCAGGUUCUUGGGUUGUCCACCAAGCAUUGUUCCUUCAGAGAGAUUGUUCAAUACAUCCAAUGAAAGCAGCAACUUUAGUCAGUCAAGGGUAAUGAUUGAACACUUUGAAAAGCUUAUCUUUUUGAAAGUGAAUCUUCCUUUAAUAUACUUCCAGUAUUGAAACUAAUGAACAAACUGCUAGACUAAACCUGUUGUUGCUCACUGGAUAUUAACUAUCAGAUUUUAAUUGCUCCAAUGGGGGCCAUGUAUGACAUCUAAUCAGUGACUAUAAUUCCAAAUUUUAAUUUCUUU